AUGGCAUCCAAAGUAGAUAUCAAGACCUAUCCGGGAAUCAUCAUCAACGCCAAAUUCAUCCCUACCACAACAACCAGACAUUCAAUCGAUCCCGCCACCGGCGAUCCGCUAUACGAAGUCCCCAUCGCACGCAAACAGGAUCUCGACGCUGCCGUAACAGCUGCCCGAGAUGCCUUCAAGACAUGGAGCAAGACCUCCUUCGACGAGCGCUCCAAAAUGCUCCUCGCUUUCGCCGACGCGAUCGAAGAGAACACAGAAGACCUCGCGAAGCUCGACACAAUGGAGUCCGGGAAACCGCUUGAACUCGCGAAAACUGAAUUCGCCAUGACGAUCCAAUGGCUCCGCGCUUUCGCAACCAUGGAGGUCAAAGACGAGAUCCUCGAAGACAGCGACGAGCGAACGAUAUACCGGACUUUCCCACCGCUCGGCAUAUGCGGCGGUAUCGUGCCGUAGAAUUGGCCGGUCCUGCUCGGUGUCGGGAAAAUAGGUCCGGUGCUGAUCACGGGCAAUUGCUUUAUCAUGAAGCCCUCGCCCUACACGCCGUACUGCGAUCUUAAGCUCGGCGAGCUGGGCAUGUCAAUCUUCCCGCCGGGCGUAUUCCAAGUCCUCAGUGGCGACGACGAUCUGGGGCCGUAGAUGACAGAGCACCCGGACAUCGACAUGAUCUCUUUCACCGGGUCCAUCGCCACUUGGAAACGCGUAGCAGCUAGCUGCGCGAAGCGUUAUGUGCUUGAGUUGGGUGGAAACGAUGCGGCGAUUGUGUGCGAGGACGUGGAGAUUGAAAAGGGCAUGCUCAAGAUUGCGACGCUUGCGUUCUUGAACUCAGGCAG